AUGUAUGAUAAAAAUACUAAACAACUUAUUGUAAAGUUAUUAACUUUACAAGAUCCAAAUAAAUUUUUUGACAAAUAUUGGAAUGAGCAACAUGAUUUUUUCAAUGAUGAAGAAGAGAAAAUUUAUAUGAUUAAAAAAGAUGAUGAUGAAGUUUUAGAUAUUUUUUCAAAAUGUGCAUUAAAAAAAUAUUUAGAAUUAAGUAAACAAAAAUUUAGAUUUAAUACUUGUUCUUGUUGUGAAAAAAUCGAACUUGUUUUUGUAAAAAAAACCAAUUUACUUAUCAAAGAAACUAUCAAUCAUUGUAAUGUUUAUAAUUUACCUUUUACUAAUCAAGUCAAAGAAGAUUUUAAGAUGAGAUUUCUUGAUCAUGAUCAUUUAUCAAAAUUUUUCAAUCAUUAUAGUAUUAGUCAUAAAUAUGAGAUUUAUCUUUGUGAACAUAAAAAUAUCUCAGUUUAUAGAAAAAACA